UUUUACAUAAUUAGAAUAAUAAUUAUGGACAAGGCGAAGCCUUCCAAGCUUAACAUGGAUAUUAGAGCGAUCAUCAAGAAAGAUAGGAAGGCAUUUAGGCCUUCCAAGAAGUUUAAUGCAGAAGAGAAUAGCACGAAUGCCCAGAAAAGUUAUCAUAAUAUGAUAAAAAGCCAUUUUAAGAAUAAGAGUCAGCCGUCAUUCCAUUCGAAUUCUCAAGGAAACAUACAUGAGUCCGGAGGUUCCUAAAUUUUAUACCAACCCAAAAGUUGGUAUGAAAUAUUUCAAGUUUACCAAAAAUGAGAAGCAGUCUACACAAAUUAAAACUAAAAUGAAUAUGAAUCAACAAAAUAUGGGUAUCAAUAGGAGCAAGUACAUCAAGAUCUUCAGCAAGAAUGCAGUCGCUAAGAUGAAAAGAAGGCAGGAACGUAGAAGUCUCUUUGAUGCCAUGAAUCAUCACAGAAGUCAGGAAAUUAAAGAAUACCAAAAUUCAGAGCUUUUGGAGACAGUUCAAGAAAUCCAAAGGCAACGGCAGUGGCAAAAAGAGAACAAACAAAAGAGAUCUGAAAGUCCAUCUCUUAAGAAAAACAAUAGUUUCAAUACUUUUGAGGUCCAGAAGCCUCCAAAGAGCAGAGUUGUAUAUCAAAGGGUGAAGGAUAUCCCUCGCCAACUUGGAGUUGAUAUACCAAGAAGCCAUCCAAGGCUUCCAAGAUGAUGUCAAAAUUCAACUACAAUGACACGUUCAUGUCGAUUAGUUGAGAUGAGUCAAAAGCAGGUUUGCUUAACAUCAAUCCGAAGACGACUGUGAAUAAUUUUCGUCCACAGUAUAGACCGAGCCAGCAAUUUGAAGAGUAUCAGUAAAAAUAUGAGGCAGAUUAAGGCCAGUCCAUCACUCAGAUCCAAUUCUUUGGGAACUAGUCUAUGCAAGCUAAAGAAGAAAUAUGAGGGAUCUAAGGAGAAUUAUACCUCAAUCUUUAAGCCUUCACAUUCAAAUAUAAUGAUUGAGGGUUCACAUUUAAACAAAGCAACUUGUUCUAAGCAUGAAUGAUCAAAUAACAGACAUCAAUCAACAACUAAUUUUGAAAGUAAAGUAUCACCAAUCAAGAUCUCCAUUAAUAUCUGAGGAGAUGUAAAAUUUGAUAAUAUGCCAGCAAGCACAUAUAACAAUGGGCUGAAACAAAAUUGUACUGAUGAUUUUUCAUGCUCAAACACUCUUCAACCAUAUUCAGGACUUGAAAUUAACAAGAGUUCCAAAAGCAAGCGGUCAGUCUCAUCGACCUUCAGUGAUGCCAAAAGGCGUCCUCGGGACUCUCUAAAUCCGAGGGCAGCCCAAACACUGGAGAAGAGUAGUGGCCUUAUUAAGAUAGACAACCAUUUUUACCAAGUGCCGAUCAACCUUGAGCUAGGAACACUCGGAUUUAAGGAAAAACCUCUCAGUAGGGGAUGGAGAGUCGGUAAGGAUUGCAACAGAGAAAGUCAUGGUAGUUAUGUAUGAGAGACUGACAAGGAUAAGGCUCUUCGUUCAGGCCUUGUGUUGAAAUCUCGUAAGGCUAAACAACAUAAGAGAAGAUAACUUUCAAUCAAGCA